AUGGCUACAUUGACUACAACAGCGGCGGUGUUGCCCUCGAUCCAACUCAAGGUCAACUACAAAGACUGCAAGGAGAUCAUCCAUGAUUUCAUUAAAAACUUUAAAGACUCUACAAUUGACAUUGACGAAGAGUUGGAACAACUCCAUGAAGGUAAAUACAUGAACAUUUUACAACGAAUCGCCAAUAGAGAAGAGUCUACUAUAUGGAUUGAGUUGGACGAUGUCAAGAAAUUCUUGAUGAAUUUUGAUACCGAUUCAGCCUCACUUUUGCAAGAAUCUCAAAACUUGUUUCACACAAUAAUGACAAAUACUCAUAGGUUUAUCGAAGUGUUUAGUGAUGUUAUUGAUAAAUUGAUGCCCGAACCGACAAAGGAUAUAAGCUACCAGGAUGAUGUGUUGGAUGUGAUUUUGUCACAAAGGAAGUUGAGGAAUCAAAGGUUACAACAAGAUGCUACAGAGGAGUUCAAUCAACUACGUGAUGGGUUUACUCAGCCAAUGGAAGGCAUGGGUGAGAGAGACGCAUUGGCAGAUCCAACAGAAGUGAAUUUGUUUCCAGCAAAAUUGACCAGACGUUACUGUUUGUAUUUCAAGCCUUUAAGUGGUACAAGGAAUGACAAAGCAUUAUCCGUAAGACAAAUCAAGGGUAAACACGUAGGAAAUUAUAUCACUGUACGAGGCAUCGUUACACGUGUGAGCGAUGUGAAACCUAGUGUCUUGGUAAUUGCAUACACGUGUGAUAAAUGUGGAUACGAGAUUUUUCAAGAAGUGAAUUCAAAAGUGUUUACACCUUUGACUACUUGUAAUUCACCAGCGUGUAUCUCGGAUAAUAACAAGGGUCAAUUGUUUAUGUCCACUAGAGCAUCAAAGUUUUCAAGUUUCCAGGAAGUGAAAAUCCAAGAAAUGUCAAAUCAGGUCCCUGUAGGUCACAUUCCUAGACAGUUGACCAUUCACGUCAAUGGAAAUAUGGUGAGAUCAAUGAAUCCAGGUGACACUGUUGAUGUUUCAGGUAUUUUCAUGCCUUCACCAUACACGGGCUUUAGAGCAUUGAAAGCUGGUUUGUUGACAGAGACAUACUUGGAGGCGGAAUACGUUAGACAACACAAAAAGCAAUAUGAAUUGAUGCAAUUGAGCGAAGAGAUGGAGUUUAAGAUCCAGGAGUUGAGAAACAGUGCAUCAGGAGGUGAUGUGUAUGAGAAAUUAGCCAAAUCGAUUGCACCAGAGAUUUAUGGUCAUUUGGAUGUCAAAAAGAUUUUGCUCCUCUUGUUAUGCGGAGGUGUAACCAAAGAAAUAGGUGAUGGCCUAAAGAUUAGAGGUGAUAUCAAUGUUUGUCUUAUGGGUGACCCGGGUGUGGCCAAAUCUCAAUUGCUUAAAGCUAUCAAUAAAAUUGCUCCUAGAUCAGUGUACACCACUGGCCGUGGUUCCUCUGGAGUUGGUUUAACUGCUGCGGUGAUGAGAGAUCCAAUCACCGACGAGAUGAUUUUGGAAGGUGGUGCUUUGGUACUCGCCGAUAAUGGUAUUUGCUGUAUCGAUGAAUUCGAUAAGAUGGAAGAAGGUGAUCGUACUGCGAUCCACGAAGUUAUGGAACAACAAACAAUUUCCAUCUCAAAGGCUGGAAUAACCACUACUUUGAAUGCACGUACUUCAAUUCUUGCAGCAGCAAACCCACUCUAUGGAAGAUACAAUACUAAAUUAUCGCCACAUGAAAACAUCAACUUGCCAGCCGCAUUGUUGUCAAGAUUUGAUAUAAUGUUCCUUAUUCUUGAUCAACCAAAUAGAGAGAAUGACGAAAUGUUAGCUCAGCAUGUCACUUACGUCCACAUGCAUAAUAAGCAACCGGAUGCCUCGAUUCAAUUGGCGAAUGGCGCUGAGGAAGAGUUUCAGCCAAUAGACUCAAAAACGAUUCGUGAAUACAUUUCAAAGGCAAGAACAUACCGACCAGUAGUACCGCAAGAGGUUGGAGAUUAUGUCGUUCAAUCUUAUAUUAAUAUGAGAAAAGAAUCACAACGUAACGAAGGUUCCAUAAAGAAGUUUAGCCAUAUCACACCAAGAACCUUGCUCGGUAUACUUCGUCUUGCCCAAGCCUCUGCUCGAUUGAGAUUUGCAGACCUUGUAACGAUGGAGGAUGUUGACGAAGCAUUGAGAUUAAUCGAAGUGAGUAAAAGCUCUCUUUACGCCGAUGAAGAAGCGAUGGCACAAAUAAGAGAUGACGAGAGUGUCACAUCCAAGAUUUUCCAAAUCAUCAAGACUCUUGCCAUAAACCCGGCAAAUGGAAAGUUGAAAAAAUACUUGAAAAUGCAAGAUAUCAAGCUGCGAGUGAUCGCCAAAGGCUUCACAAUCCAGCAAUUGGAUGAUUGUAUGUUUGAGUAUGAUGGUGUUGGGUUGUGGCAAAUUAUUGAUAAUGGCGAGACCUUGAUGUUUACAAAUAUCAAUGAAGAUGAUGAAGACAAUGAUGAGGAAAUGGAGGAGUAG